AUGCCGCUUGGUGAGGUUACGAUCACUCUUGAGGACGUUGCCACACUGAGCGGUCUACCAAUCGACGGUAAGGCUGUCAUAGUAGACGUACCUGAUCGGGAGUGGUAG